GUCUAAGGUCGACAAGGAGUCCGAGAUGGAAAACUUGAAAAGAAACGCUGAGUUAUGGGAGGCGAAGUUUAAUAUCACGGAAAUAUCGCUUGUGGAGUAUCGCGAGGCUGCUCGCACGCUCGCCAGAGCCAACGAGGAGCUCACGACUCAGCAAUACAGAACAGAAAAAGACACGGAGGAUAUUAUUGCUUUUCUGAAGAAAACAGAUCAAGAAAAAAGAGGAAUGAUUGCUGCAUUAGAAGAGCAACUGAAAAACGAUAAAGAAAAAGCCUCAAUUGAAAAAGAUGCCUUGAUCGCUGAAUGUAUGCAGAAGAUUGAUAGCGUAGAAGAGAAGUUUAGGCAGAGGUCAAGUGACUUCCAGAGGAUUCCCGAAGAGAUCAAAACCAUCAAGCAUUUCAACAAAAUAAAGGCCCAUCUGGAAGAAGAACUGAUCAAUAUGAGAGAAAAACUGCGCAUUGAUAACCGUGAACACAGCAAUAGUCAGAUGAGAUCUCAGUACAAGUACCAUACUGCAAGGAUUCACCUUGAUAAGGAGGCAGAGCAAAAAAUCGCUCAGCUGGCAGAGCUAUCACAUCAUGAAGCCACAGUGCAGCUGGAUGCAGCGUCACAUAUUGUGAGCACGGAAAACAUGCGAUUGAAAGAAGCACUGAGUUAUCACGUAAAAGAGGCUGAGGAACUGAAGAGGACAAAUGUAGCUUUAACAGAGAAGAACUCCUCCCUUGCUCUACAGAAGGAGACGAAUGAACUAAUGAGAAAGGAAUGUGAAUCUCAGGUGAGAGCCCAAUACGGUAAGAUCUCUGAGCUGAAGGCUAAACUGGACACACUUGAGCAAGCUCAGAGCAUCAUGGCAGGAGAGAAGGGAAAAGUGGAACACCGUGCUGUGGUCAGCAUCCAAGCAGACAGCCGAAAUCUUAAGAGGCUGGAAAUGCUUUUAGCUGCUCGUGAGAAGGAGCUGGUGCAAGUGAAACGUCUAGCACAGAGCGUUAUUGAACAGCGCAAAGAACUCGAGCUCUUCUUUCAUGAAGCUCUCGACCACGUAAGGCAGGAAAUAAGAACGCAACAACAGCAUUACAGACAGGAGGCUCUGAAGGCCUAUCGCUGGAGAAUGAAUGAGGCUCGAUGUGGAAGGUUGGAGUAUCCUCGCAUACGGACCUUCACUAAUGUCCCACACAGCACCAAUGAUGUUCACACUGACCUAGAAGAGGCGGAGAAAUGGAGUAAUUUGAAAAGUUCUGGUGUGGACAUUUCGGAUCUGACCUGGGAGCAGAAAGAGAAACUGCUCAAGCUGCUGUUUGCUAAAUUAAACGGACAAAAAAUAAGAAAGCCAGCUCAGCUCCCAGCUCUACCAACUUCCUUAUCUGAGAGGGUCCAGGUUAACAGUGAUGCAGGGUUUACUAAGGAUAAGCAAAGCCUGACCUUUAUAACCCAGAUGCCAACGGCAAAUGGGACUUCUGACCCCUGUGUCCUACCAGCCAUUUAAAGCACCUCACUGUUUAACUUCAUACAGUAUUCUACUCAGAUAUCACACCUGAAAAUAUGUUUUGCUACAAAUGGACAAAUGAUUAUGUAUCCGGUUUCAUCCUUCCUGUAAAGAAAAGAUAACUGAAGGACUGCAGCGAGUAGGAUUCAGGGUUUUUAAUGGAUAAAUGCAUAAAGAUAAAAUCUAAAUAAAACAUAAAAGCGCUAUUGUUUCCAAAAAAGCCUGUCAGAGAAAGCUUGUGAAAAUAAAUAUUUCUUACCUUUUUAUAUUCUGUAUAACUAUUUUCCAAUACAAAGAACCUUUUGUGUACAGAAAUUAAGUACAUUUGAGCAAAUUUUGUGUAGUGAGAGUGUAGUGAAUCUGUAUUUACAGAUAUCUUGAAUCUUCUGUUAUGUACGAAAAAUAAAGAAAAAAGAAAAC